UACAGUACCUAUCAAGUAUCAAGUCAGUUGGCAUUAGUGCUGCAACAUUCAUUCAUUUUAUCGAGCACCUCAUUCCACAAAUUGUAAUAUGUUCCGGAGUGCAGUGAUUGUGCUGUCCUGUUUGCUGGUGUACGCACAUGGUCAUGGUCGGGUGGCGGAUCCAGUGGGCAGAGCCUCUCUCUGGCGUACUGGCUUAUACCCUGACGCCCGACCCAACUACGAUGAUGACGGCCUCAAUUGCGGCGGAUUCUACCACCAGUAUCAUGUUAAUGGAGGACGAUGCGGUAUUUGUGGUGAUGCCUACGAUAACGCGCAGCCCCGUGCUCACGAGUUAGGUGGGAGGUACGGCCUAGGACACAUCGUCGCUACUUACGAACAGGGCGAAGUCAUCAGCACCAAAGUCUAUAUCACCGCUUACUCUAUGGGAUACUGGGAGUUCAGACUAUGCCUGGAUCCUAGCGACCAAACACAGGAAUGCUUCUCUAACUUCCUUUUGGAGUUAGAAGACGGGGGAACUAAAUACUACCCGAAAGGAAGAGGUUUUUAUGACGUGAACUACCGCCUGCCUUCGAAUGUGGUGUGUGAGCACUGCGUGCUGCAGUGGAAGUACACGGCGGGCAACAACUGGGGCGUCUGUGCGGACGGCUCGGGGGCCCUCGGCUGCGGCAACCAGGAGAACUUCUUCUCUUGCUCAGAUAUCACUAUUAAGCGCAGUGAAAGUAUUCCUUUAGACGUACCAAUUGUCAAUUUUUUGAACGGUGAGGGACACUUCUAAUUAUAUCGAAAAACUUAUGUAUCAAUGCUGAGUUUAGUUUCACUCUGAGAUACCUAACCUAUUCAGAAAUAACUACACUAAAAACUAAAAUCUACAAUUCUGUAACAGAACAUUCCGUUAACCAUGUGAAAAAUACGAAGAACUCAAUAAAAUACUUGAUACCACACUUUGUAAGUUUUAUUAUAAAUUAUAGUUCGUUUCAUUUAUACGAUUGUUUU